AUGGAUAAUGUUACCAUAGUACGAAAUAAAUUACGAAUUCGCAAUGAUUUGAUGCGAUGUAUUCUGUCGGAAUUCACCAGUACUGCUUUUUUUGUGUUUGCUGGGACAUCGACAAAUGCAGUUAAUCUACUCGAAGGUGCUAAUUGCAAAAUUUGCGUAGUCCUUGGAUGGGCUUUAGCAAUUGGCCUUGGUGCAUAUGCAGCUGGUCAUUUAUCAGGUGGUCAUAUGAAUCCAGCAAUAUCGUUUGCAUUUUAUCUUUGUGGCCAUAUAUCAGUGUUUAGAUUCAUAAUGUAUUCAAUUGCUCAAAUAUCUGGCGCAUUUGCUGGUAGUUUGGUCACUUUUUUCCUCUAUUAUGAUGGAAUAAAUCAUUUUGACGGCGGUGAGCGUCAAAUUAUUGGUCCACGAGCAACAAUUGGAAUAUUUGUUCCAUGGCCACAAGAUUAUUUGAGCAUUUCUGGUUGCAUCUUUGAUCAGUUUGUUGGCACAGCACUCUUAGCAUUCUGUGUGAUAAUGUUUACUGAUCCACGAAAUAAAAUUCCACCAGCGGUGCAACCGGUAGUUCUGAUCUUUUCAAUUAUUUUAAUUGCUGUAUGUGUUACGGCAAAUGCAGGUGGCGAAAUUAAUCCGGCAAGAGAUCUCGGGCCGAAACUUGUAGCAUUCACUGUUGGUUAUGGUUGGGAUGUUUUCAGCUAUCGAAAUUAUAAAUGGUUUUUGAUACCAAUCUUUGUUCCAUUUGCUGGCGCAGCAUUUGGUGCUUGGUUCUACCAUUUAUCACUUGGAAUUCACAUUAGCGACGAUAAAGAUCAAUGCAAAACGGACGAUCGUAUGGAAAUGAACGAAGUGAGCAGAGUAACAAUAGGUAAAUCAAGGAUAGCAAUUGCAAAGUGA